AUGAAUGUAUCUCUUUAUGCGGAAUUAUUUGAAAAUAAAUAUAUAUUAAAAAAUUCAUCACAAGUUUGUUCUUGUCAAAAUAAUGAUUCAUGUCCUUCACCUGGAAAUCUUUAUUUAUAUAAGAAUUCUGAAACUUUUGGAAUUUAUGAUUUAAAUAGAAUCAAAGCAAAUGAAACAUUAUCUGGUAUAAUAAUUGAUUGUUUACCAUAUCAAAUGGCACUUUCAUCAUCAUUAGAAUAA